ACACACACACCCAUAUAGAGCUUAUAUUGCUUUGCCCUCAGUUAAGGGAACGAUCAGUGUUCAGGCAUCUGUACUAAGUGAGAGAAAGGGAGAGAGAAACAAAGAGAGGAAGAAGAGAUAAAGUUACAAGAGAGUAAGAGAAGGAUAAAGGGAGAACGCGAAGGAGAGAGAGGGGGUAGCGUUAGCCUAAGGGUGAGUGCUGCUGUUUAAAGGGGCGUGCUGCUAUUCUUAGGGACAAGGCAUGUAGCUUCACAGCGCUAAUUCCUCUUACGGCAUCACGCGCGCCACAUAUGCACUCCGGGCUUCCGUAAACACUCGCGUGGGGGAUAAUCUUCGCCCGCUUCCAGUUGGUCUCUGUUCCAGCGGUCUUUUUCUGAGGCUGUAAGUAUGAUUCCUGUGUGCUUGUCAUUGAGGAGCUCCCCCUAGUGGCCGAGCCAUGCAGGUGCAGGACCUGAUCCGCCAGUUCCGCGUGCCUGACCUAGGCGACAUGCGGCAGUACGUGCGGAGCUUGCCCACCAACACGCUGAUGGGCAUGGGCGCCUUUGCCGCCAUCACGACCUACUGGUACGCCACCAGGCCGCGAGCGCUCAAGCCUCCGUGCGACCUCGCCAUGCAGUCCGUGGAGGUGGAGGGCAUGGAAUACGCUCGCCGGUCAAUCUUAUUGGACGAUGACAAGCUGAUGACCCACCUCUAUGCGGAUGUGAGGACGAUGUACGAGGCUUUUUUACGAGGAAUGAAAGUAUCCAAUAAUGGGCCUUGUCUAGGAGCUAGAAAACCCAAUCAGGCUUAUGAAUGGUUGUCAUAUAAAGAGGUUGCAGACAGAGCUGAAUUAAUUGGUUCAGCAUUGUUACACAGGGGCCACAUUUCAACAGGAGACAAGUACGUUGGCAUCUUCGCCCAGAACAGACCUGAGUGGACCGUGUGUGAGCUGGCCUGCUACACCUACACGCUGGUGGCCGUUCCCCUGUACGACACCCUGGGUGUGGACGCUAUCAGAUACAUCAUGGACAAAGCCCUGAUCUCCACGGUGAUCUGUGAUGUGGCGGAGAGGGCACGGCUGGUGCUGGAGUGUGUGUCGUCACAGCAACACAGUGUGAAGACGCUCAUCCUGAUGGAGCCGUAUGACAGUGAGCUCACUGCGCAAGCCCAGCGGGAGGGCAUUGUUAUCAUCAGCUUGAGAGAGCUGGAGGCCAUUGGCAAAACGCACUACAAAAGGCCCAUGCCUCCUAAGCCAGAGGACCUUGCUCUCAUCUGCUUCACAAGUGGAACUACUGGACACCCGAAGGGGGCAAUGCUCACCCACGGGAACGUCGUCGCUAACUGUGCUGCCUUCAUCCGCAUCACUGGGGGGAAAUUGCGGCCCAAUCAUCACGACACUCUCAUCUCCUUCUUGCCUCUCGCUCACAUGUUCGAGAGAGUGGUGGAGAAUGUGAUUCUGGUCAAUGGCGCAAAGAUAGGUUAUUUUCAGGGUGAUAUUCGGAUGCUCAUGGACGAUCUGAAGGCGCUCAAGCCCACUGUGUUUCCUGUUGUCCCCAGACUACUAAACCGCAUGUUCGACAAGAUCUUCGGGCAGGCCAACACGCCGCUGAAGCGCUGGCUGCUCGACUUCGCCACCCGGAGGAAAGAGUCGGAACUGCGUAGCGGUGUGGUGAGGAAGGACAGCAUGUGGGACAAGAUCAUCUUCAGCAAAGUCCAGGCGAGUCUGGGUGGGCGCGUCAGGCUGAUGAUCACUGGAGCCGCUCCGGUGUCCCCCACCGUCCUCACUUUUCUGCGGGCCGCUCUGGGUUGCCAGUUUUAUGAAGGCUAUGGACAGACAGAAUGCACUGCAGGGUGUUCCAUGUCUAUGCCAGGAGACUGGACAGCAGGUCAUGUGGGACCUCCUUUGCCCUGUAACUAUGUGAAGCUAGUGGAUGUGGCAGACAUGAGCUACUAUGCAGCCAAUGGGGAGGGAGAGGUGUGUGUAAAGGGGCCAAAUGUGUUCCAGGGGUACCUGAAUGACCCAGAGAAGACAGCGGAAGCCAUUGAUAAGGAUGGCUGGCUGCAUACAGGAGAUAUUGGCAAGUGGCUUCCGAAUGGCACCCUGAAGAUCGUAGACAGGAAGAAACAUAUCUUCAAGCUUGCGCAAGGCGAGUACAUUGCGCCAGAGAAGAUCGAGAACGUGUACAUGCGCAGCGACCCUGUGGCCCAGGUCUAUGUGCACGGCGACAGUCUGCAGGCUUGCCUAGUAGGAAUUGUGGUACCUGAUCCAGACUUCCUCCUGGGAUGGGCCAAGAAAAGAGGCCUUGAAGGUUCCUACACACAGUUGUGCAAGAGCAAGGAGGUGAAGAAUGCAAUUCUGGAGGAUAUCUUGCGUCUGGGGAAAGAGGCCGGUCUGAAGUCCUUUGAACAGGUGCGGGAAAUCGCCCUGCACCCAGAGAUGUUCUCUGUGCAGAACGGUCUCCUGACACCCACCCUGAAGGCUAAACGGACAGAGCUGAGGAACCACUUCAGAGAACAUAUCAAUCAGCUUUAUGCCCGGAUCAAGAUAUGAGAGAGAGAUAGAGAGAGAGAGCGAGAGCGAGCAGGAGACAGCUGUACCUCUGUGAUGUUUUCAAUGUGCAUUCUCUGCAUUCACGUUCUAACACAUCACUCUGGAAAAGCCUGGUUAUGAAGUGCAGUUAUUAUAAUCACCACAAUUGGCUUCUGUGGUUCAGUGCGACUUCUCUUGCGUGUACCACAAAUGGUGAGAACUCUUGCAGUACGGCACCACCCAUCUGCAUGAAUGAUCCAAAGUCUCAAAGGCCCAGAACGCCAUCUGUCUCAUUACCAAACAUUUCAAUAUAAAUAAUAAUUUUCUAAAUUAUACUUUCAAUUAUUAUUUUAAGCUAUUAUUGUAGUUCCCUGUUUAAUCAAAUUUAUCCUAAUGUCAAACUGUGACCAUGAAGCUAGCUGAGUGUUUCACAGGUGAAUUAGUAAGAACAGAGAGAUUUAUAUGCAGACACACAACACUGGCAGCAGCAGAGUGUAAAAACACGAUUUUUAAAAAACUAAUUAAACAAAUGAUUUGAUUUGUGACUGUAGUUGUGAGCUUUUGAUUGGAUGCUGGUGUCCAUCCUGCUUCUGUGGCUACGUCCGUUCGCUCCCCCCCCCCACGUACAUUUACUUCUCCAUGAUGACGAAGCAUGCUGACCAUUCAACUGGUUUGUAAUGUCUAGCGACAAGACUUUUAUUUUGUAGGUUCAAUAUUUAAGGUGUGAGCAGAGAAAGCAUAGACUUUUACUGGUAGAGGUUUUUUUUGUUUGUUGUUGUUGUCAUAGUUCUUGCUAAACACCAGCCUGCUACUUAAAACACAUGUUAGGAUCAUUGGUCGUUCUCCAACCUUAAGUGUAUGAAUAUUAUACAUUAUUAAAAAUCUUUUGGAAAACCCUCUGGAAAUCAAGAUAAGGACAUGAAAGAGGAAUCUGUUUUUAGCUAACAGCACUUAAAGAAAUCUCAGUGUGGGUCCCCAGUACCUCUGUACUGUAAAUUAAGGAUUUCUGUUAUGAAAUUUGUAUUUUAGUCAAAGUUUUGGAACCUGUGUUGUCAUUUGCAGUAACCUGCAUGUGCAGGAGAAAUAAAAACAAGGCAGCGUCUUUAGGUC